AACGAGAAAAAAAAAUCAGCCCGUCUCAACCGGCACUCCUCUCUCUCUCUCUCUCUCUCUCUUCAUCUUCAUCCUCAACAUCUGCUCGUAUAUAGCACGCAGAGUAAUAGCACUAGUUCAAUACUAAUUCAAAUCUCUCUCUCUCUCUCUCUCUCUCAAUGGGUUUCCCAAUUGGUUAUUCAGGACGAUUCAUCCCAAAACUCAUCCUCCUCAUACUUUCCCUUCUCGAUUUCAUCAAAAAACUCCUCCGAUUUGUCUACCUUCGCGACUUUCCUGAGCCACAAAUUGCGUGGCCUCCCCUACCCGAAUUCCCCCCGGAGCCCCACUCCGUUUCGCCCGACACAAUCCGCGAACUCCUCCCCGUCCUCAAGUUCUCGGACCUUGUGCCGGUGCCGGUGGACCCGCCUGAGAUCUGCGCUGUGUGCCUCUACGAGUUCGCCGGCGACGACGACAUCCGACUGCUGAGCAAUUGCCGCCACAUCUUCCACCGGAGCUGCCUCGACCGUUGGAUCGACCAUGGCAACCGGACCUGCCCUCUCUGUCGGACCCGCUUCGUAAACGAUGAUUUGCUCGACGCGUUCAACGAGAAGAUCUGGGAGUCAGCGGAGAUUCCCAAUUCCUACGGUGAUUACUCGCCUAUAAGUAGUACCAGUUUGUAGUAGUCAUAUAAAAAUAAUUUGUUUAUAAGAAUUUCAUGUACAAAAACGAUAUAAACUUGUUUUCUUUGAUUUUUUUCAUCUUCAGUUAAUUUUCUUACUGCCAACGGUUUUAUCGUUGGUUUUUUUUGUUUUUUUGUGUGAGGAUAAUCUGCCAAGAAUUUUUUUUGCA